UUGAAGUAUAUAUUCAUCAGCUGCUAAUUAGGGAGGUUUGGGCAUUAAUGGCGACCUGGGUUUCGUUUUCUGUCGUCGUCCUCCUAGCAUUAAUCUCCUCACGACCCGCGAACGCAAACCUAGAAGGAGAUGCGCUGUACGCACUGAGAAGGGCAGUGAAGGACCCGGGGAAUGUUCUGCAGAGCUGGGAUCCGACGUUGGUGGAUCCUUGUACUUGGUUUCAUGUCACCUGCGACCGUGAUAAUCGGGUCACCCGACUAGACCUUGGAAAUGCGAAGCUGUCGGGCAGGCUAGUUCCCCACUUGGGAAAGCUUGAGCGUCUUCAAUAUCUGGAAUUGUACAUGAACGACUUGGUUGGGCCGAUACCGGAAGAACUUGGUGGGCUUAAAAGCCUCAUAAGCUUGGACUUGUACCAAAAUAACCUCAGUGGGCCCAUUCCUUCCUCCCUCUCCUCCCUCUCCCAUCUCAAAUUUCUGCGAUUGAACAAAAACAGGCUGACAGGUAGAAUACCCAGGGAACUUACCAAGCUUGAAAACCUCAAGAUGCUAGAUGUGUCCAACAACGAUUUAUGCGGCACAAUUCCAACCUCUGGUUCCUUCUCGAAGUUUUCAGAAAGAAGUUUUAUGAACAACUCGAGACAGGAUGGACCGGAACUGAUGGGGUUUGUGAGAUACGACAUGAGAAGAGAUCGAGGCUGCCAUUGA